UCAUUCCUAGCACCAACGGCCCUCUUCUCGCAUCCUGUCGGGUGAAGAUAGCGGGCGGCUACAGAACCUAACCCAAGCCGAGGCUGCUUUAUUUCGUAAUUAAAUCAAUUAAACAUUGAUUAAAAUACCUCAGGACACAUUAAACGAUAAAUACAGAGCAAAAUGAUCCGCUUUAUCCUCAUCCAGAAUCGAGCAGGGAAGACCAGGCUGGCCAAGUGGUACAUGCAGUUUGAUGAUGAUGAGAAGCAGAAGCUGAUUGAAGAGGUUCACGCCGUAGUGACAGUCCGUGAUGCCAAACACACCAACUUUGUAGAGUUCAGAAACUUCAAGAUCAUUUACAGGCGGUACGCCGGCCUGUACUUCUGCAUCUGUGUGGAUGUGACAGACAAUAACCUGGCUUAUCUGGAAGCUAUUCACAACUUUGUUGAGGUUUUGAAUGAGUAUUUCCACAAUGUGUGUGAAUUAGACCUGGUCUUCAAUUUCUACAAGGUCUAUACGGUGGUGGACGAGAUGUUUCUGGCAGGAGAGAUCAGAGAGACGAGCCAGACGAAGGUGCUGAAGCAGCUGCUCAUGCUGCAGUCUCUGGAGUAAAAGAGCCUACUGGUGUCCAACCUGUCACUCAAUCAAGCACCAUUGCAGCAGGCUCCGCCCACCCCAGCUGCAGCCAAGCCAUAUUAUUUGUACAUAUGGGUGUCGUCUUGCUCAAAUACAUCCACAAACAUUUCACCAUUUCUUUAAAUCUCACAUAUAUACGAUGAAGGAUGUUGCCGUUCUGUUCUUUAACUUGAUCGUAAUUUUUAAAGCAGCUAUGCAUUUGUAAAAACCUUCCUGGUUAUUGACCUAAUUAUUCUUUGGCAUAGUCAGAAUUGAAUACUUCAGCAAUUUUUUAGAACAGAAGACUUCAGUGUGUCCGACUGGCAACCUCUCCAAGCCCGUUCAUUAACACUAACGCAAUUAAUCACGUUGGCAAAAAACUGCCGUCGCUUCUAUAAUUGGAAAAUAAUGGGCUGCACUACUUUAUAGCAGUGAUAAAACUUGAUUUUAUCAAACAAUUCCUCUCCAAACAUUAAUGUUCAGUAUGUCAAAUCAAAAUCUGUGAAGGUUGUUUGUAUUGUGUACAUAUAUACAUUAUAAAUGCAUCUAUUUUAAGUGUAAUUGUAUGAUCUAACCCGUCAUUCCAAGCAUCUAAAGUCUCAGUUGCUGCUCUUUGUAAUUGCAUUGCUUUGUGGGAACUGGAGCCAGCGAUUAGCGAGAGGUUUAGAGAACAAGGCUGGGUGGAAGAAUGGAGCUCGGGGGAAACGACAAAAGAUGGUCUUACUUUUAAUUUCCCCUUUUGUGGCGCUGGUCCCUCGCGCCAAGAGCUCUACGGUAGCUGCUCAGCCUUGAAACGUUCCAUUACAGUUCGAGAAUCGUCUUUAUUUUGUACGUGUGUUUUAUAUCGUCUUUCUUUUAUUGUCCCUUCUGCCUUAGUCCAAAGUAUUCUAGAUCUGCCUAUUUGUCCCUGUGAGAUUGAUAGAAGUGCUGUUACUGUCACGUAUGUGUUUCUGUCAGUGUAUAUAUCCAUGAAGGUGAAAUAAAGCAACUGAAAACUA